AUGCGUCUUAAAUUGUCCAGCUUCUGCUCUAAAAACGGCUUAUGUAGCAAGAAAGAAGCCAAAAAACUAAUUCAACUCGGUCACCUAAAGCUCCACGGCGCUGUGGUACGAGAGGACACGUUAGUGAAGGAAUCGCUAUCACCGAACAGCAUCUCACUAGCCCAAAGGGUGCAAUUGGCAGCAGCCAACAAGGUCACGGUGCUCUUGCACAAGCCAGAGUGCUAUCUUUCGACAUACAGUCGCAGGACGCAGCUAUGGUCGAAGUCACUACUCGUGCCUGAAAAUAGGUGCGAGAACGACGUGCAGAACAACCUCAACCCAUCGCAACUUCGGAGACUUCUGCCCAUAAAUCCGCUGGAGUACUCAUCCAGCGGCCUUGCUCUCUUCUCCGAGGACUCAUCGCUCAUCAAACGCUUCGCCGAUUGCGAGGAGUGCUACCACGUGGUGUUUCGGGACGCUCUUACAGAGCCGAAGCUGUUCGCUCUCCGAAGCGAAAUUUACAUCGACGGAGAAGCCAUUCCGCCACUGAAAGUCGACAGGCUGAGCGAUUUCUCGGCGCAUGUAACCACGCAAAGCGCGUCCAGCAAGGUGCGUGUCCGUUCCCCUGUCCACUCACCGAAAGUGCAGCUGCGCAAGGCGUGCCGUUUGGCGGGGUUGGAAAUACGCUCCAUCAAACGCAUACGUAUGGGCAAUAUACAGCUGGGGGAUCUUCUGUGCGGCAGGUGGAUGAUGCUGCGCAAAUACCAACUGACUUGA